AUGUAUUUUAUUGCAGUAGAUCUGUGCAUUGAAGAGACCCCAAAGACUUGGAGAGAAGCGUCAGAAAGCUGUAACUUGGUAAUCUCCAACACAACUCUCCGCGUCGGUGUUCCCAUUACUGAUAUCCCUGCUCCGACCUUCAGGUCUGCACAAGUUCACUGGAUAGGGGCAACAGGAACAUUCACACCAUGGUUUGAACUAGCAGGAUGCAACCUGUAUUUUUACUUUCCGUUCUUUAAACAAUGGAUGCCUAGUUCAAAACUUAGUCCUGUUGCUCAAUGUCAUCAAUUAUGUGAAAACUGGAGGAACACCUAUAAGGGAUUCGGUAUAAACAAAACUCACUGCUUUUGUGAUGACUAUGAAAAAGCGGGUUUCUUCAAAAAUGUUAACUGCAAACUUCAAAAUAUAGAGAAAUUCAAGAAUGACUUAAUCGGAACUGGUGAUAAGCAUGGAUAUUAUGCAUUUGCAUUGUAUAGGAGAGUCAGAGUAAGCACAGAAAUAGAUGACUUAUUGGGCGAGUGUCUGAUGGAGACAAACGAAGGAAACAAGUCAUAUCCUUGUGAUUCAGCAGAUAUUACACAAAGCACAUGGGUACAAAGACAUCAAAAUAAUAUAUAUAACAGCAGUCUUCCACGAUGGAGCCCUUACGUACGACGAUUAAUUAUAAACUGGAGGAAUGGUAAGAACAUACUAUUGACUUCAAAUCUUAUAUACAUCUUAUGUAUACAAUACUAUAAAAACAAACUUUUGUAUGGUUGA